UGGUCGCGACGAGGUGGCAAUCAGGGCGGGCCCAAGCGACUGCGCUCGCCCUGCUCGGUGCUGCCGCCGCGGUCCGCUUACGCUGUUGCCGCUGCAGCAGCCGCCUGGGUCCCCUUGACCGCUGCCUCUGAAAGGGGGCUGCCUCCCGGGCUCGGGGCGCAAACAUCAUGUAUGGAUUUGUGAAUCACGCCCUGGAGCUGCUGGUAAUCCGCAAUUACGGCCCCGAGGUGUGGGAAGACAUCAAAAAAGAGGCACAGUUAGAUGAAGAAGGGCAGUUUCUUGUCAGAAUAAUAUAUGAUGAUUCCAAAACUUACGAUUUGGUUGCUGCGGCAAGCAAAGUUCUCAAUCUUAAUGCUGGAGAAAUCCUCCAAAUGUUUGGGAAGAUGUUUUUUGUCUUUUGUCAAGAAUCUGGUUAUGAUACAAUCUUGCGCGUUCUGGGAUCUAAUGUCAGAGAAUUUCUACAGAACCUUGAUGCUUUGCACGACCACCUUGCUACUAUCUACCCAGGGAUGCGUGCACCUUCCUUUCGGUGCACAGAUGCGGAAAAGGGCAAAGGACUCAUUCUGCACUACUAUUCUGAGAGAGAAGGACUUCAGGACAUUGUCAUUGGAAUCAUUAAAACCGUAGCUCAACAAAUACAUGGCACUGAAAUAGAUAUGAAGGUUAUUCAACAAAGAAAUGAAGAAUGUGACCAUACUCAGUUUUUAAUUGAAGAAAAAGAGUCAAAGGAAGAGGAUUUUUAUGAAGAUCUUGACAGAUUUGAAGAAAACGGUACCCAGGAGUCACGCAUCAGCCCAUAUACCUUCUGCAAAGCUUUUCCUUUUCACAUAAUAUUUGACCGGGACCUGGUGGUUACCCAGUGUGGCAAUGCCAUCUACAGAGUGCUUCCACAGCUUCAGCCAGGAAAUUGCAGCCUUUUGUCAGUCUUCUCUCUGGUUCGUCCUCAUAUUGACAUUAGUUUCCAUGGGAUUCUCUCACACAUCAAUACAGUUUUUGUGUUAAGAAGCAAGGAAGGAUUGUUGGAUGUUGAGACCUUAGAAUGUGAAGAUGAAUUGACUGGAACUGAGAUCAGCUGCCUACGGCUCAAGGGUCAAAUGAUCUACUUACCAGAAGCAGAUAGCAUACUAUUUCUGUGCUCACCAAGUGUGAUGAACCUGGAUGAUUUGACAAGGAGGGGGCUCUACUUGAGUGACAUCCCUCUACACGAUGCUACUCGGGACCUUGUCCUUUUAGGAGAACAAUUCAGAGAGGAGUACAAACUCACCCAGGAACUGGAAAUCCUCACAGACAGGCUGCAGCUCACAUUAAGAGCCCUAGAAGAUGAGAAGAAAAAGACAGACACGUUACUAUAUUCUGUCCUUCCUCCAUCCGUUGCCAAUGAGCUGCGACAUAAGCGCCCAGUGCCUGCCAAAAGAUAUGACAAUGUGACCAUCCUCUUCAGUGGCAUCGUGGGCUUCAACACAUUCUGCAGCAAGCACGCUUCUGGAGAAGGGGCCAUGAAGAUUGUUAACCUCCUCAAUGACCUCUACACCAGAUUUGACACCCUCACUGAUUCACGGAAAAAUCCAUUUGUGUAUAAGGUGGAAACAGUUGGUGAUAAGUACAUGACAGUGAGUGGUUUACCAGAGCCUUGUAUCCACCAUGCACGAUCCAUUUGCCACUUGGCCUUGGACAUGAUGGAAAUUGCUGGCCAGGUUCAAGUAGAUGGUGAAUCUGUUCAGAUAACAAUAGGAAUCCACACUGGAGAGGUAGUGACCGGUGUCAUAGGGCAGAGGAUGCCUCGGUACUGUCUUUUUGGGAACACUGUUAACCUCACAAGCAGAACAGAAACCACUGGAGAAAAGGGGAAAAUAAAUGUGUCUGAAUAUACAUACAGAUGUCUUAUGUCACCAGAGAAUUCAGAUCCACAGUUCCAUUUGGAGCACAGAGGGCCAGUCUCUAUGAAGGGCAAAAAAGAGCCAAUGCAAGUUUGGUUUCUCUCCAGAAAAAAUGCAGGAACAGAGGAAACAAAACAGGAUGAGGACUGAAUUUUGGAUUACAGAAUGAAGAGGACUGCAGGUGAAAUUCCAGUUGUCUCCUAACUUGUGCCAAGCCCAGUAGCAUUUAUUCGCUAUAGAUACCUACUUUGCAAUGUCCUUUUCAUUUACUCUUAGCCUUUCUCCUAGAUAAAUCUUUCACUUCUUGCUAUCCAGCUUUGACUCAGCUUUUGGUUAUGAUGUUCCAAGUUUUAGCUUAUUUCUGUGGUAUAUUUAAAGUCUGGCUUUAGAGGUGUCUGUUGUGAGCUUCAUGUACCUUAAAAAUUUACUGCAAGCUUUACACCUCAUGGUGACUUGCAGGGAGUGGGCACUCAAUCUUUGUAGUAUUUGAUGAAAUGAAUCUGAGCAUUAUUUGACCAUGUAUAUACCUAGCAUGGUUUGCCAAAUAUGUUUAGUUCUCCAUAUAUAUGUAUAUAUCUAUUUUAAUGACUAUAAUAUGUAAUAAAGUUUAUAUAGUGUUGGUGUAUAUCAUUAUAUAUAUUAUUUUCUAAAGGAGUGAAUUGUAACUUUUAGGGAAAAUACAAUUUAUUUUCAUGUUCCCAGAGUAGGAAUUAAUAUAUCAUGCUAAGAGAACAGUAAUCAUUUUGAAGUUUGCUAAUUUUCCUUCAAAAAUAAGGAAUAGAUAUUUCUAUUAUUAAAUUUGUGUUGCUAACACAAAUCUUGUGGCUAUUAUGAUUCCUCUAAAAUACUGCCAUUGAUACUGUAACCCUCUUAUUGAUGUCAGUAGCCACAUGCAACUGUCAUAGAAAGCUGCACAGAAUCACACUGAGCUAGUUCAUUGGCUUGGGCUAAAAGAAGUUUUAGCUAAGUCUGAAAAUAAAGCUGUACAAAGCAAUCCUGAACAUUCCUGUAAUAGCCUUUUCUGCCUAUUUUUUCCCAGAAAUGAGCUUUUUUUCCUCUUUAUUUCAAAGAUUGUAACUAUACCCAGGACAUCAUGUUAAGAAAAAUUAGUUUAAUUUCAAUCUGGAAUAAUCACUAUUGGAAUAAUGGCCUGUUUUUCUUAAAUGUCUCUGAUAACUUAUUAAUAUCUGUCUUUAUAAACCAUAGUGCAGCUACUUUUGUGUAAAAAUAUUUGUCUUUAAAUUUAAUAUUUCAUAUCAGCAUAUCCAUAUAUGUAUAAGUGUUUCAUGUUAAUGUGUAAAAGAAUCUGCAAUAAAUUAUUUUUUCCACUUUCUUCUAGACAAUUUUUAUUUUAAGUAAAUUAU